AUGGCAGAGAAUGAACUCUGGGAAGAAGGUAGGGUCACCAGCCAGAUGCAGAGGAAAAAGCAUGAGCAGUAUGGCAAGAUGAGCUGUCAAGUGAAAUGCCAGGUUGUGGUUUCUGGCUUCAAAAAGCUUGUGUUCUGGACACUCCGAGUUACAUCUAGGUCCCUGAAUACUUGGGUCAUUGUCCUGGGGACCCCUGCAGAAGAAGACGGUGGUGGCAAAAUUGAUUUAAUUGAAGCUGGUGCUUUUAAAGACCUUGAUGUUGUUUUUAUGGCUCAUCCAUCUCAAGAGGAUGCUGCCUAUCUACUGGAUGUGGCCGAGCAUGAUGUUACUGUGAAAUACUAUGGAAAGGCAUCUCAUGCUGCUGCUUAUCCUUGGGAGGGAGUCAAUGCCUUAGAUGCUGCAGUUCUCGCCUAUAACAAUCUCUCUGUGUUAAGACAACAGAUGAAACCAACCUGGAGACUUCAUGGUAUAAUAAAAAAUGGUGGUGUAAAGCCCAAUAUCAUCCCCUCUUACUCUGAAUUAAUCUAUUACUUCCGUGCGCCCUCAAUGAAAGAGCUUCAAGUUUUGACCAAAAAGGCAGAAGAUUCCUUCAGAGCUGCAGCUUUGGCUACAGGCUGCACAGUGGAAAUUAAAAGUGGAGCACACGAUUUUUACAAUGUUCUUCCCAAUAAGACACUGUGCAAUGCAUAUAUGGAGAACGGGAAAAAGCUGGGAAUAGAAUUCAUCUCAGAAGAUGCAAUAUUGAAUGGGCCUUCAGGCUCUACUGAUUUUGGAAAUGUCAGUUUUGUGGUUCCCGGGAUCCACCCAUAUUUUUACAUUGGAACUGAUGCCUUGAACCACACGGAACAGUACACAGAAGCUGCAGGAUCACAAGAAGCUCAGUUGUAUACCUUGCGUACAGCCAAGGCUCUGGCAAUGACUGCACUGGAUGUCAUCUUUAAGCCUGAGUUGCUGGAAGGAAUCAGAGAGGAAUUUAAAUCGAAGCUUCAAGAAGAACAGCUUUUAAAUACACCAGCAUAGGAGGAGAACUUAGGGACUCUCAGGAAGCACUAAGUUUUGAUGUUUGUUUUUCCCUCUAACACUUUUUCAAUGCAACAGAAUAUAAUGAAGACAUUAAUGGAAUUUGUGAUAUUUCAGGCAUUGGUUUGUGAUUCUCUACCACGGUAAGGUAAUGUUUUGUAAGUGUGCCUUUUGUAUAGUCUUACAAGUCCAACAGAUUUUAAAACUCAUGAACUCUGUGUUCAGAGUAGUGGAUGUGUUAGCAGUUUAAAGUUGGGGGAGUUUAAGUCUAACUGGAUCUGUUUUGGUCUAGAGAAAAACUUAACCAUAUGCUUGUAGGACACACCUAGAAUAUCCAGUACAAAGAAUUAGCUUUACUUCUAACAUUUUUUUUUUUUAUAGUUUAAUGUAUUUCAAUAGCAAACUUACAGGAACAGCACAGAAGACAGACACCAUUAAAAACAUGUACUUGGCAUGAGGACAACUCUGCUAGGAAAGUAUAGUGAAUGGAUGGAAUCUACUGUAUGACAAAAAUGCUACAAAUACCAUUUAGUUGCUGCCAAUAAGAAAUUUACUUAUUUAAAAAAAAUCCAAAUGCUGGUAUUGUCCAGAAAAUUUUAACAGGUUAAUUUAUAAUUGUCAUAAAAUUGAACUGUUGAAAUGUAUUCACUGAAACAUUUUGCUUUAUAUUAAAAUUCACACAUAAAUGAAAAUGGAAAAACUGCCAA